UGCUUUCUCAUCCAUUAUGUUAUAUUUCAGGAUACUCUCAUGUUAUUUAUGGGAAGUUUGGUAGUUGCUGCUGCUGUUGAGAGAUGGAACUUACAUAAGAGGAUAGCUCUCAGGGCGCUUACACUAGUUGGGCCGGAGCCAAGAUGGUUGAUGUUGGGAAUUAUGUUGCCAACGUGGUUUCUGUCAAUGUGGAUGUCAAACACGGCCACCACUGCCAUGAUGAUCCCCAUACUUAACGCCAUUUUGACCCAAAUCAGAGAGGUCAAAGAAAAAGUAAAUGAAGGGAAAAGACGUGAUAGUGAUGACGAAACCACGUGUUUGCAAGAACCCCAGAACGGACAUAUUCCGAGUGAACCGCACAAACGCGAUGUGAAGGUGGUAUUAGAGAUGGACAACAUUCUAGAACCCGGACAUCCUGUCACUUUACCAAUGCCGGUAGAACCACAAAGAUUCACAAGGACAGAGAGCAGCAAUAGUUUAAAUGCAGUUGACUUUACCUCACGGUCCAUGUUAACACAGCCAGCCGAACACGCCAGAGCAGAGAACGUAUCGUAUGACAAUGCUGGCAAGUCAGAAAACGAGAAGGAAUAUGAACAGCUGGCGAAAACGUUUGCUUUGUGUACAGCUUAUGCUGCCAACAGUGGUGGUAUAGCCACAUUGACCGGUACUCCACCAAACAUUAUCCUGAAGGGUCAAGCUGAUAUACCAAUGUCGAAUGUCAGCCGAGGAGAAAGAGCACACAUUAAAAGCAAGACAGAUAAAGAGUUUGAAGAAUUGGCGAAGACUUUUGCAACCUGCGUUGCAUACGCAGCUAGCUGUGGGGGAGUGGCCACACUGACUGGAACGCCCCCUAAUAUUAUUUUAAAAGGACAAGCGGACAUUCUUUAUGGCGAAUAUGAUAUGCCAUCGGCUAUAACCUUUGCCAAUUGGCUUAUUGUCGGCAUUCCACUUUCUCUAGUCGUCUUCAUCGCAACAUGGAUAUGGCUUCAGGUUUACGCUCUUGGAAAAAAAUGUUUGUGUUGUGUAAAAUCAGAUGAAGAUUAUAGUGCAGUAAAAAUUCACCUCAAGCACGAGUAUCACAGGCUUGGUCCUAUGAGCUUUGCAGAGAAAGUAGUCCUUAUAGAUUUCAUUGCAUUAGCUCUGUUAUGGAUCAUGCGAAACCCUGUGUUCAUGCCAGGUUGGGGCAAACUCUUUCGAGAAAGAUACGUGCAGGAUUCUACAGCAGCUAUUUUCAUGUCAGUAAUCUUGUUUGUCCUUCCAAGUGAAUUACCCUUUCUUAAGAAAAAAGCUCAAAGAACUGACGAGUUGACGGCAACACAUCCGUACAUUCCACUGUUGACAUGGAAAUAUGUAAAUGAUAAGAUGGCAUGGGGAGUUCUACUUCUGAUGGGUGGAGGAUUUGCGCUCGCUGACGGCUGCAGUAAAUCGGGUUUAUCAGAAUGGUUAAGUGAGAAGUUGACAGUGUUUGCAGAUUUACCUGAAUGGUUAACAGCUGCUCUAUUAGCCUACAUUACCGCUGCUAUAACUAACGUGACCAGUAACGCUGCUACUGCCACUCUCUUCUUACCCAUUGUUGGAAGUCUGGCAAUUCGUCUGGCUGUUCAUCCUCUGUAUUUUAUGAUACCAUGUGCAGUGGCUGCCUCAUUUGCCUUUAUGUUGCCUGUUGGUACGCCUCCUAAUGCAAUUGUUUUCUCAACUGGAUACCUCAAAGUUUCUGACAUGAUGAAAGCUGGAUUUGUGAUCAACAUUGUAUCAGUGCUGAUACUGUGUCUAGCUCUCAACUCGUUCAUCUAUCCUGUAUUCGAUCUGGGCAAUAUACCUGAAAAAUUCAUGAGAAAUAACACGGCAGGGAUCACACCAGUUAUAACUGUAAUAAAUAGUACAUUAGGCUAUAAUAUCACCAAUGUAGGUACGUGAGUAGAAGAUAAGUGAAGAGUAAUGAGGGAAUAGGAUAUAAACGAAAAACAGAGAAAGAACUGUAGAAGAUGUAACAACGUAAACCAAUCAACACCUCGCUUUACUAUGGACUAUAAUUUGCCCUUUAUCUUCUCGAGAAAUAAAGACUUAACAGGUCAAAGAUGUUGUAUAGAAAUGCAAAUCAACGAUUGACUUUAAACUAUAUAAUUGAUUAGUGACAUUCGGUAAAGAAAAUAUUUAGAAAAUAAUAAAAGUUGGAACAGAUGAUAAAUCCAUGACAAACUGGCUUCGUUAAGUAAACAGAUAAUCAUGUUUAUAUAUAUAUAGCAUUAAGGUCGAAACAAGAUGAAUAAUGUGUAUGGAAUCAUUACACCAUGUUCGGAGAAGUGUGAAAAUAAGGCGAGCCAGGUCCAUGACAUCGAAAAAAACAUUUUCUAUGAGUUUCAUCAUUUAUAACACAACAGUUUUUGUCAUUUGCGUCAAGCAUUUGUUCUGAUCACUGGUCAAGAGGGUUUACGUCUUCAUUAAAAAUCGUUAAAGUUUUGCUUUAUUGAUUGCGUUUAUAAUUCCGUCAACGACUUUGUAAGAAUCAUCUUUUUCUUUCUGAGAGGCAUUAAAAAGUUUGUCUGAUAUAUAUGAAUGCAGUUAAGGAUUUUAUCGAAAUCAAAUUAUGUAAUGGCCUUAAGAUAAUGUUUGAGAAUUAUAAUAGGUCUGUAUGUGAUCAGAACAUCAUCGGAGUCUUCAUAUAAUAUUCUCAGUGUUAGUUGAUUAAAGUAUUCGUCAUUUAUGUUGGAAUUGACAAAGGUAUAAGAAGUAAAGACCAUGUCAUGUUUACAACGUUAUUUCAUAACUUCAAUAACUGAUGUAAUAUGGCUUUGAAGGGAGAAAGUUUGCAUUUAUAUACAACUGCACGAGGUGGCGCAAUAAAGAUGAAAGAAACAUCUCAUCGGUGGAGGGUUAAAGUCAUAAACUUCAUGUGUGGAAGGUCAUUUUCUCUUAACACUGUUAAACAAUAAAUAUGUGAUUGAGUGAAAAUGAUAUUUCUGUUUAUGGAUUGAUAGUGCUGAUAAUGUUAGACACGAGUUAUUUAGAAACAAAUGAGCCGCGUCACGACAAAAUCAACACAAUGGGUUUGCGACCAGCAUGGAUCCAGACCAGCCUGCGCAUCCGCGCAGUCUGAUCAGGAUCCAUGCUGUUCGCUUACAAACUCUAUAACAAGUACAGAAACUGAUAGCAAUUGGUUUUGUCAUGGCGCGGCUUAAAUAGUCUUAGUUUAAUUUAGUCAGUCAAAUAGUUGUUUGUUUAUCUCAGGAAUUAUUUUCAUUAUUUGUAAAAACAAAUAAAAUGAUUGUAACCAAGUUUUAUAGUUGUAUAAUCCAGAAAAGGUUUUAUGUAUGUGCUAUUUACAUUAAUAUUAAUACUGGCGUGAAAGUGACAGUACUGAUUUUCCAUGGUAACCGCUUUUAGUUAUUUACGGUAACAUGGGAGAAUAUGAAGGUAAUACAUUACAGUUUACUUUCCGAGAAUAUUUGUUUUUAAUCUUUGAAUGAGGAACGCUAUUGUGAUACUGAUGUAUCAAAAACAUGUAUUACGGAUAUGUCAACUAUUUUGAAAUCUGUAAGCUAUGCAUUUUUAACAUCAAAUCUCUUUGGCAUUUAAAGUUCAUACAGGGAAAAUAAAUUGUAUACAUGUAUGUUUGGCAGUAUCGAAGACUGUAAGAAGUGUCAAUAAUCUUGGUAAAAUAUAAAGUGUAGAUGGUUGUGCAUUUGAAAUCAAUGAUAGCUAUUCUGUCUCUUUUGAUAAGAAAAAAGAAACAUGUUUUGACUACAUACAUAGAAUAUAUGUAUAUAUAUUAUUGUUAAACACAGUAUGAAUACACAAUAUCAUUAAAAAAAUACUGGCAAGUUAUUUACAGGACCAUGUCAACUUGACCAGUAAAAGAGAUUGCAGCUUCCAAAACAUAGUUUGAGCAUUCUUUUAUUCAAAUUAGACAUUACCUGUAUUAAAUAAAUUUCUGCAAUAAAUUAUUUUCCCCAUAAAAGAGCAUUUUAAAACAUAAGUACGAUUUGAAAUUUAUAUACAUUCGCAGAUUUAAAUUAAUUCUGAGAAAAACAUAUUUUAUUUCUUUCAGGACAAACAAGUAAAUCAGAUACAUGUGUGUUCAUGUGCACUGAAUUAACUUUACCAUCAAUAUAGUUUUAUACCGUAUAUUACAAACAGUUUACUAUUAUUUCUAUGUACAUCUAGUUGUUAAUGGGAUAUAUACAAAUAACAAUGUUAUAUUGAAUGUUUGUUAUUAUAUAAUUAUGUUAUUUAUAAUUGAGCCGCGCCAUGACAAAACCAACAUAAUGCGUUUGCGACCAGCAUGGAUCCAGACCAGCCUGCGCAUCAGCGCAGUCUAAUCAGGACUCAUGCUGUUCGCUAUCAGUUUCUCUAUUUGUAAUAGAGUUGGUAAGCGAACAGCAUGGAUCCUGAUCAGACUGCGCGGAUGCGCAGGCUGGUCUGGAUCCAUGCUGGUCGCAAACGCACUAUGUUGGCUUUGUCAUGACGCGGCUCGUAUAAUGACUGGUGUUAUUCAUAAUAGUCACGUGUGACGACAGUCUGUUGUUUUCAUUCAGUAAUCUGCUUAAAGCAUUCCACUGACGCUUCUUUUACUUGACGGGGCUGAAAUAUUAUUUUUUUUUUUUUUUUUUUUGCUAUGUGUGUACUAUUUUAUAUAGAUCUGGACCAAUGACUUGCGUUCAUGCAUAUAUAUUAAAUGAAACUAUAAAAGCAACUUUUUCAUCUACUUUUUUUUAAAGGAUUGAAAUUAAAGUCUCACCCCAAUUGAUUUCCCCGUUCCUGUUUACUGACCAUGUGGAUGCCGUAUGUUAAACGGUAUUGCAUGGCUGCGUUCCGUAAACUUUGCUGUCAUUAGAUGAUUUGUACCCUCUCAUAUCUAUUUAUUUAAAUUCAGUGGAAAAAAACUUGCUGCCGCUUUAUCACAAAAUUUUUAAUUAAUGUUAAAGAAAAUUAAAAAAAUGAAAGCACAUUAUUGAAUGAAAGUUACUGACUUUAAUUGCAUACCAUUUAUCUUAAUACAAAUGCAUAUUGUUCUGUCCAAACAUUCAAUUACAGAUUACAUUUGAAAAAUAAAUCUAAGAUUCAACACUUUGUUCAAACAUGAAUAUACAUAUUAAAUAUCUCUAUAAGUGUAUAUGUUUGCACUGAAUAUAAGAAUAUCAGUAUUGUUAAUUAUGUAUUAUAAGGUAAUACACUAGAUUUGCUCAAAUGCUCUUCUCAACUGAGAAUUUAUCAUUUUCAUUCAUGUUCACUUAUGAAGCAGUUCUAGAAACUUAUCUUUAUCCCAAUCGAGUCUGCCUCCAGAAACAAAAUUGUUGGUUUGUCACGUGAGUAAAGUUCGCUAUGGGCUCGAACCCAAGCUCCUGUACAACUAAACCAUUGCUUUCCUGGUAAACAUUUAUUGUGAGUAAAUGUAGAAUUUGUCGAAUGUGUUAGCAAUAAAUAUUGUUAUAAUAUUAUCGUGGAGAGAGUCAGUUUUUGCAACACGUUUUUAUGGUAUUGAUUUAUUUUGUUUUGUGAAAGAUCGUUACCUACAUAAUUUUCUGAAAAAGGAUUCCCAGUAAAAGCAAUCGACAGUUUACAUUACAAUAACGAUAUCGUCCACAUUAAAGAAUAUACAAUGAACCUUGCUUGCUUUGAAAACAUUUAUGUUUUGCUUGUUAUAUUUUAUUAAUAUUUAAGACAUAUCAAUUUUUAUUUCAGCCAUUCUUAUUAUUUUGUAAAAAACUUGCAAGGUAUACUUACUUUUAAUGAGGACAUAACACGAAGUUUAAUUGUAGAAUCGAUUUUAUUAGAUUAAAUAAUGUUUUUAUUUUUCGUGGUUGUAAAAUUUCGAGGCAGCUCCAAAGUGGGAAAAUCAAUGCAAUUUAUUGAUGUCAAUUGAAUGUUUAUUAUUGUUUCAUAUAUGUCAGCUAAGUAGCAUGUACAUUUUAGAUAUAUUAGUGUAAAAUUCAUAAUGGAUUUAUAUUAAAUGUGCUUCUUUUGUAUGUCAUCAUCAUCAUUAUCAUCAUUAUCAUCAUCAUCAUCAUCAUCAGUUCUUGUAUGAUGAAAGUUGCAGACAGUUGUCACACUUUUUCUUCUUUUUUUAUAAUCAUGUCAGUUGAUUUUAACAAAUAUUUAUCAUCAAGUAUUUAAGAGCGCAAAGUGCUAUUUCCCACUCAAUGGUUAUCAGAAGUAUAUAUGUGUUUUCUUGAUAGGUAUAUACAGGGGCUUAUUCUCGUGUUUUUGACGUCGUUUUUACUGAAUAAUAUAUCUGAAAACAAAAACAAUUGCAAUCAUUUCACAUGUCUUUCAUUCAAUAUCGUUCAUUGCAAUUGAUAUCUGCAACGUUUUAUACACAUUUUCAUAACUAAACUAUCUUGCUUCAAUUUUUUUUGGGGGGCGGGGGGUAAAAAUGAUAUAUAUCAUCAAAAUUAAAUUAGGGGAGUAUGAAACAGAAUAGUAAAAAAACAUACUUUCAUGCAUGUUUGUUGAACAUUUUUUUCACAUUUUUGGAUUUUUAUUGUGUUGUUUAUUUAAUUUUGUCUUUAUUCAUUAGGUCAGAAAGACAGUCAGUUACACAUUUAAGAAAAAGAAAUUAGAAAAAUUCAAAUCAGGUUUCAUUUAAAAAAUCACUGUUCUGACAAACUUAAAGUUAAAGGGCUUUCAUAUGGAAUGACAUGUAUAACAGUAGAAAAUGUAUUCUUUAUUUUGCUUAGAUGUGCUUUGAAAUGGUGAACGCGGCUUAUAAACAUUUCAGGGAGACCUUUGCUGUUAGGAAGAUUUUUGCUGUUUCUUUUUAAGAACUAUGACUAUACAGCUUAAUAGUACUUGUAUUAUUUACUAGAAAGGUUUUACUUCUUUACACCUGGGCGUCAUAAUAGAUCAGCUUGCCCCAAGAUUUCACUUUUAUAAAAAUGAAAAUUGAAGAUGAAAUAAAUGUCAAAAAGUUGUUCAAAUCAUUCCAAUCUGAUGCAUUGGUCAAAGGAACUUAAUAUAGACCAAUUUAGAACACCCCCUCCUCACAUACUUUAAUGACAAGAGCUUAGAUUUUUAGUAUGUAGCAUCAACCCAUGGUAUUGUACAAAAGUUCUGUGAUGAUGCCCACAAGGGUAAAAUUGUUGCCCUUCCGUGCGGGUCAAUUAGUUUAUUAAGCUUAUAUUAUUAAAACACCUACAGGUAUAUUAGUCUGAUCUUAUUUAUAGUUAGCUUUAUGUCAUGUAGCAUUUCUAAGCGGUCAUGCACAACAUUUAACGCUUCAUUAAUAACGUAACAUGGGUUAAAAUGACAACCCAAUGUGUGCCCUUCAUAGCUUCUGCAUUGAAGAAUUGCGGCUUUUUAUAGCAAUGCAUAUCAGUUGAGCGAUGGACCUCUUUGUUUUCUUUGUUACGGGAGAUUCCUGACGGACCAGUACUGAAUAGAGCACAUGGCGACAUCCAGUAGAAUAAUGUUAAAUGUUUUAUUGACGAUAAGAUCUCCCCUAUAGUAAAUUAUAGGAUUGCUCAUCUGGAGGCAUGCUCCUUUACAAUGCUCAUUUAUUCAUGCUAACAUACAUAUUUGCGAAAAAUUUCUGGUUAAAGGUAUUUAAAACAUAAAAUAAAUACCGGUCUCGAAAUUGUAUCUUCAGGGAUAUAUCGAAUAUGUACCUCUUAAUAAGUAUAAAAGUGUGAUCAAAGUGUUUUGUCAUUGCGUUUAUCACAAACAUAGGGUCAUGUACACAUUUUAUUCUUGUACGUUUUUGCACACGGGUUUCACUUAUGGCGGUGUUCCAGAGUAGUCGGAAUUCACUUUAAACAUCCUGCUUCGAAAUUCUCAACACGAUAUGUGUGUUGCAUUAAAAAUUUACUGAUAUAGAAACAUUUUUUUAUAUCAUCAUUUUAUAAUAAUCAUACAGAUUUAAAUACCAUACAUAUUUGCUUUUUUGUGUGUCUGUUUUUUUUCUUAGUCAAAGGUGCUUUUUGUAUCAUAUGUAGAUGAAGGAAAGGAAGCUAUGCACUGUUUUCUUUGCUUCAACAGUAAAUAAACAGAUUUUUUUUCAGAUAUUCAGCAACGAUUUCUUGAAAAAAGGUUUUUUUUGGGUGUAGAAGUGUUCCAUGUCCGCUCUAUUGUUGAUCUUUAUUUUCAUAUUUCAAACAAUUUUCUUUUAUAUUUAAAUCAUUACACGUGUUAUAAAGCUGUUAUGUAUGUAUGUGUUGACGCCUUAUCAUGUUAAAUAUGAAAAUAAAGGAAUUUAGAAAA